AUGUCUAGUGUUCAUUCAUCGACGGUUUUAGCGGAGACGAUUUCAUGGUAUUGUGCAUUGUUCUUGGCAAUUAUGUUGGUGUUGAACUGCUGUGAAUCAAGUGGAAGUGAUCAUGAAUUCAUAGUGCAAAUGCAAGGUGGGAAUUAUAAGAAAAUGGCAUGUGAUGAAAUAUAUGUAGUGAAAGAAGGAGAAACAUUGCAUACAAUAAGUGAAAAAUGUGGUGAUCCUUUUAUUGUUGAAGAGAAUCCACAUAUUCAUGAUCCUGAUGAUGUUUUCCCUGGCUUAGUUAUCAAGAUUACUCCUUACAAGAUUCACUAG